UUGUUGCAAGAAAUAAAUGAUAACAAAUCAAUUCACUUUUCAGUUGUUUUAUAGAAAGUAAUAAAGACAUGCUACUGCACAUGUGGUGAAUGCUGUAUAGAAGGUUUGUGGGUUUGGUUGGUUGGUUUGUUUUUAUGGAUUUUUUAGCUCUUAGUUUUUUAAAAUAUCAAGUAUCGUAACCAUUCAGUAUUUCCUGCUAAAGGAAUGUUGGAAACAGUAACAGUAAUGAGCUCUGACCUUUACUAAUAUUUUUCUUGUACAGCUGUAUGGUGUGACCAAUACUGGGGGCUGCUUAGGGUGUGCAGUUCCCUACCUGUAUAAAUGGCACUUGCUGUCAGUCUUCAGCAUGGCCAAAAUCCAAGUGAGAGAUUUGAGGCCUAAUCCCACAAACCCUUCCUUGCACGAGGCGUCUCAUUUGCUUUGGGUAAACAAACCAAAGUCAAACUUGUUUACAGGAACCUGGAGCAGCAAGUGGAGUUAACCAGUUUUUUGGUGCAAAUAACAUUUGGUGCCACAGAACAAACUGCCCUUGUUUCAAACGGGAGUAGUGCUGGGUCCUAACCCAGGGCCAGGAGGGUUCAUGUUCAGCUAAUCCUGGCUGCCUGAAGUUUAUUUUUAGUUCAGAAUUAGCUGAGGUUCAAUGUGAGCAGCGUUAGGGAGCAUAGACCAGUUCACAGUGCCUCUUUCAGGGAGCAGCUUCAAAUGAUAUGGGAAAGAAACAAGUGUGCCCGCCUCGUGCCCUUCCUCCAGUGCCAAGUGGAAGCCAAGAUGAAAUUCCACUCAGUCGUCCCAAAAAAAGAAAACCCAAAGGAAAGACUCCAUUAGACGGCAUUGUCCACGCCGCGGUGCGGCGGCAGUCUGAGAGCAGCGAGCCCCUCACUCCCGAACACCAGGAUGUCCCUCCGCAGAGGAAACGCAAGAAGAAGAAAGUACCUGCUGAUUCCGAGACCUCUUUUACCCAGCAAAAUGUUGCGUCCCUGUUUCAGAAUGGAAAUGGCAUGGAUGUCCCUGAAGCUGAAGAACCAGUGGUCCGCAAACAGAGAAAAAGAACAAAGAAACCUCGGCCGGCCGAAAUGCAGAGUCCCAAUGAGCUGGAAGUGGAGGAGGAAGACAUCAUUGAAGAUGAGCACAGAAAGAGCCCAGAUCAGCAGCCUGUGUUUGCUGCUCCCACUGGAAUUAGCCAGCCUGUUAGCAAAGUGUUUGUUGAGAAAAAUCGGCGGUUUCAGGCUGCUGACCGUGCAGAAUUGAUUAAAACCACUGAAAAUAUUAAUGUACUUCUGGAUGUCAAGGCUUCAUGGACUACCAGAGACGUUGCCCUCUCAGUGCACCGAAGUUUCAGGGUGAUGGGACUCUUUACCCAUGGCUUCCUUGCUGGGUAUGCUGUAUGGAACAUCGUUGUUAUCUACAUUUUGGCAGGACAUGAGCUUUCCACAGUUUCUAACCUGCUUGAACAGUAUAAGCCAAUAGCAUACCCAGCUCAAAGUUUGUUCUAUUUGUUGCUGUCUAUCAGUACAGUCUCAGCCUUUGACAGGACUGAUUUGGCAAAAGCCUCAGUUGCAGUGAGGGGCUUUCUUACCCUAGACCCAGCAGCAGUAGCCUCUUUCUUGUACUUUGCUGCUCUUAUCUUAUCCUUAAGCCAGCAGAUGACAUGUGACAGAAUCAACCUCUACACACCACCUUCGGAAAAUGGCAGUAUCUGGACUGCAGGUACAGAGGAAGAAAUUGUUCAUUCAUGGGUUGUGGUGAAUCUAGUAGUGUCUGUUCUAGUUGGGACAAGUUGGAUCUUCUUGUCUUACCGACCAGAGCUUGACCACAGUGAAGAACUGAUGUUUCAUGCUGAAAUUGAGGAAUUUCCCCAGGGAGAUGUCAUACCCAGAGUCCAGCCAUAAGUGUGGAACAAGAACCUGCAACUCUUGUAGCUGUGACUGAUGGCACAACAUGUUGUGUAUUAUAGCUAUGUAUUAUAAUUUUCUUAAAGAAAAAAAUGUAUUUUUGUAUUGUAUAUAUUUAAUGUUGAUCUUUUUAUGCAUGUUACAGUUUCCAAAUGUGAUGGAAAUCUUUUAUACUUUUGCUUUUUAUUUUGCAAAGCAGAUUAUUCCUAGUGCAAAAAGUCAAGGUUUAUUUUGUAAAUAUUGCUGCCUGCAUAGCCAAAGACACUAGAGGGUUGCAGAAGAUCAGGUGUUCAGUGCUUUUUUGACGGUUGUAACACUCUUCAACAACCUGCUUUUAUUACUAAUGCUGACAGCAGUUAGCUUAUCUGACUUGGUUAAAUAUCCUCUAGAGAUUAAAACAAAUCUUAUGACAAAAGUAGUCUAAGGAAGAGACGAUGAUAACAAAACAGAGUUAGGAAACAUAAAAUCCACCAAGUUGGUAAGCAUAAAAUAAUCUGCAUUUGGGUGUCAUGAAAAGUAUUUGCUAGAAUAAAGGAUUGAAUUGACAGGGAUUUUGUUUAAUAAUCCAUAAAAGAGGACACUUUUUUUUAUCUUCGUUUAGUUCUCUUGACAAAGAUCUUGAUGAUAACAAGUUCUUUCAGGUUGAUUAGAGACAAGAAAAAGAAGCUUUAAUGUCGCAACAGUUUGGUCAGUUAAUGAAAACACCUAAAUACAUCUUGUAAUCAAACGGUUGUUUUGUGUUGCCAACAGGAUACAUCCAUGGCCUCUAAUUUCUGAGCAGUCAGGAUGCAUAACUAUUACAAAGCCAUUCACAAGAAGAGUGUUCUGAUUUUUCCUUAUCUUGUAUGGCAAGAACAAUAGUUUAUUCACUGCUCUUGCUAAAGAAACUUGAAUUUCACAGAUGUUGAAAAUUUUGAUGGAGACUGAUUACCCACCAAUUUGUCGUUUUGUGUUAGGAUGGAAUGGAAAACUUCUUAAAAUUACAAGAAAAUGAUUAUUAAAGCAAACUAAAAACUCUUCAGCAACCCACCUUCUGUGCAGUGAUGUAGUAGCAAUAGUGGCAGUUGGUGAGUUUUGAUGAUUAUAGCCAACAUUCUUUUUCUUUUAUAUUAAAACGGCAAAAUGAAAGCCUUUCAGAUAGGAAUAAAUACAUAUUGAAGGAUGAAACAGUCUCCUUAGUAGACACAGACAACAGCUAGUUUGAAAACCAUUUAUCAAGAAAGUAUCACCUAAAGCCCAAAACCUAUUUGUAUAUGUUGUUUAAUGCAUACUGAUUCUGCAUUAUUUGAUUUAAUAUAUGUCUAUGGGUGGUUAUAAAGGGGGUGCAGUUGUCAAAGUUCUCUGGAGAAUUACUGAACUUUUUAUAGUAGUGAAGUUAAGAGUAGCCAGAUGAAAGACUUGAAAGGAAAUGUCAAAGAGCUUUCUGUGCUUUCAGUGCUAACUCUCUUUACUGUUACCUGAGUUGCUUCAAAACAAACAUGGGAACAUGAAUAACUAGGGCUGUUGCUGCCCUGUUGAGGGCUUGAGUUCUUUUAUGUCCAUCCAGCAAAUUUAAGUUAAGAGUUCAGUGUUCAUGACAUCAUUUAAAUGCUGUGGUAAUCCUGGCAGUGAGGGAAAAGAGUUCUGCAAGAAUUUAAAAGAUGUUCCACAGCUGUUGGCUGUGUUCUGGGGCACUCAGUUUGUUAUGGGAAGGAGCCCUUAACGCUUUUGUAAAUUGUUGUGGCUCUUGUGUAUGUAUUUUUGCAAAACUGUAGAGCGAAAUUAUGGCUGGCCCUGCAUUGUACAUUAAGAUGGAGAGAUUCAGGGUGUGCUCUCCUUCAGUCGUGCACUGGAUGUUCUUGUCAUGAUUUGGCUGUAGGAGAUGGAGGAUGAGGCACAAAGUGUUCUCAUGUAGGUUGCCACCACACUUCCUCCUGAUGUGGUGUGUUUGAGUUACAGAAUCACUGACCUCCUGAAGAUGGGAUUAAUAAUGGCUUCUCUUUGCUGCAUGACACUUCUGUCAUCUCGGUAUGGUAAGAAAUGUAAUUUUGCCUAUAAAAUAUGGGCAAAAUCAGGCAAAAGGGUGCUAAGGCAUCACGUCAGUACAGGAAAAACUUGGAUAACAUCAUUGCUUGAUUUCUGACAUUAAUAUUAGGAAUUGGCCUUCCAAGUAUCCCUUGGACAGAGCGAUGCUAGCCAAGAGCCAGAUUCAUUGUCAUUGUGAAAUACAGUAGUUUGUUUAGAUGGUUGAGCAUGGAUUGAAUUAAUGAACUUAAUGUGAUCAAUCCAGUCUUGCCUUUCCAGUGUAUCUUUUGAGGAGGAUCUGAAUAUAUCCAUAUUUAAAUUAAUGAGGUUUGAGGUUGCCAUAUAAAAAGCACAAUAAACAGUUUGAUGACUAAUUAUCUAUAGUACAAGACAUUCUUCAUUCCAUUAAGCCUCACAGUGGAAUAUGAGUCUAACUGAGCUUUUUUGUUUAGUUUCUUGGAAAGUUUUAGAAUGAGUUUACGAAAUAGAUGUUUAAUUAUAGAACAUGCAAUAUCUGUAGAAGCCUUAACUGAAAUGCCUUUGUGCAUUUCCAUACCAUUGUUUUUAAUGCAUUUGUGUUAAUGAAAAAUUACAGAUAUGUUGGUGCCAAUUUCUUGUUUUUACAUAUAUGAAACAAUUAAACAAUUGCUCUAAACUAGUUAGAAAUUACUGUACUUUGUCUUGUUUCAAGUUGUUUAAUCUGUUUAAAAUAAAUCAGUCUAAUUUUU